AUGCUCGAAGGAUACACUCUAAGACUAAAGCACCUUUUCACGCCAACACCUAAGCUUGACAAGCAAGAAUCAAAUCCCCACGAUAUUCUCAUGACUGGUGGAUCUAACAAAGAAGACACAUAUCAUGAAAUUCCAAUUGCGUCAAUUAGCGAUACCAAAAUGUCGGUGAUUACUAUUAUUAUUAGAAGCUGCCAGAUGGGUAGCAGUCUGCUCUGUUUGAUCAUGUGGGCUGCUACUGCCGGAUUUCAAGCUAAAUGGGAAGUUGGUCCUUCUGGAUUAUCUGGAUUGUCUUUAGCAGUCAGCUUACUUUUGCUGAUAAUGUCGACUGUUUUAUUCACGAUACCAAUGCUUUACGUGAAGAGGAAUAUGCUCAAGAAUGCAGACCUAUUUCUCAAAGAGCGCAGAUCUGCAUGGGUUUUGAACGGCGCUGGUGUCUUAAUCUCCCUACUACUUGCAGCCAUAACCACAGGAUCUGCCUUCACCACACCAGGAUGUGAGAAUCCAGAUGACGAUCCUCAUGAAGGCAAAGGUGAUGAUUUCAAGAACGCCUUGUCGACCUUCUGUGGUACGAAGAAGGCUGCAGCUAUUCUAUUCUGGAUUGUAUUCUUUAGUUGGAUGGGAUCAAUCGCAGAAAUCAUGCUUAAUAGCAAGACUCUGAUCAAAAAAGGCAGAAAGAGUGGCGUAAGAGAUCCACCAUUUACAGCUCCAGAUAUGGAUGAGGAAGCUGCAGCAGGAGGCUACGGCUACUCAAAGGAAACGUAUCAACCAAAUACAUCGAGACCAUACGAUGACAGCUCAGAACCUCUGACGAGCGGUCAAACUAUCAAUCCAUUCGAACCUGAACCAGGUAAUCCUUACGAUAGAGUGUCGAUGGAGGAAAACCACAAGGAUCCUUUCAGCCAUCCUCAGAUGCCUGAGCCAGGAUUUGUAUAUAGGCCGGGAAUGUACUCAGACGGAUAUCAGUAG